ACUAUACGGGGUUUUCAUUUGCACCUGUUUAUUAAUUUCGUCACGAUAAUACCGGAUACCCCAAUUCUUUUCCAUUAGGUCAAUCGAUCGCGGUAGUCCGCAACCUACUUUCAUCAUGGCGGAUCCCAAACAGAACAACCUCGCGCAAUUCAAGUACACGGCGAUGUCAAAUUUGGUCCUGCAACAUGACAGACGAUUUACCAGCCGACGUGCCGACGAAGCCACUGGCGACCCCGAAUCGCUUGCCGGCCGUAUCAAUAUUCGAGACAUGGGCGGGCGGACUGCGCGCGACGAUGCCCCGGUCCAGAAAAAGAAACCCAAGCUUGAUGUAUCUCGUGGCAACAUGAAUGAGGGCGGUGAUGUGUUGGAGAGAGAACAACGAAAGAGGAAGAGAGGCGAUGGCGCGGGUGCAUAUGGUGUGGCAAGCGCUGGUGAAGAGCUUGCUAUCGAAGAUCUCCGAUAUAAGCCGCGGACACCAGCGACACGCGCGACGUUCGAGCUCAUCACAACUAUAGUGAGCAAGAGCUUAGGCGACGUCGCAAUACACUUCACGAGAAGUGCUGCCGAUGCAGUCCUGGAGUACCUGAAAGACGAUACUACCAAGGAUUUUGACAAGAAGAAGCUUAUCGAUGACCUAUUGGGCGAAUCUAUGGGCGCAAAGGAGUUCAAUGAGCUGGUCAAUCUUGGCAAAAAGAUCACGGACUACGAUGCACAGGAUGAAGAUGAGGAAAUGGCGGAUGGAGCAGAUGGAGACGGUGCCGAGGACGAUAACAACCAGGGUGUCGCUGUUGUGUUCGACGAGGAAGACGAAGACGAAGAUGCCGCCCAGACUUUCGAGGUACGAGAUGAUGAUAGUUCUGACGGUGAUGAGGAGGAAGAUGAUGCAAAACCAGUCGAAGAGAUCGGGGCGGAAGACGAUAUGCUUGCUGGGGGCGAAGAAACCAUCAUCCAAGGCGACACGGCUGCAGCAGAUCGUAAAGAUGAAGCAGAUCGAUUGAUACCCGCACAUGAGAUCGAUGCAUACUGGCUUCAACGGCAGAUAGGACAGCUUUACGAAGACGCGCAUACACAACAAGAGAAGACCCAGGAAGCUCUGAACAUUCUUUCUGGUGUAGAUGAGGACGGCGAUGAGAAGCCCCUACGGGAGAUCGAGAACGACCUUAUGGAGCUUUUCGACUACGAACACCACGAGCUUGUUGCAAAGCUUGUUCUCAACCGAGAUCGAGUUGUUUGGGUUACGAGGUGGCGGCGAGUUGCGGAGGACAAAGAUGAGCGUGCGGCGGUCGAACGGGAGAUGAAAGCUGCCGGACAGCAACAGAUCCUACAGGAACUCCGCGCUCGCGAGACCGGUGUUAAGACCGAAACCGAUGGAUCCAAGACGAUGAAAUUCGACUUGAAGGACAUCAGCAUCCCUGAGUCGAAAGAUGUCGAUAUGGAGGAUGCUCCAAAGCCUGAUGGUGUGGUUGGCGGACUGCAACCAAACAGUCGAGUGGUAAAUCUCGACAACAUCGUAUUCGAUCAAGGAAAUCAUCUCAUGACGAACCCGAGCGUAAAACUCCCACAAGGCUCGACACGGCGCACAUUCAAAGGCUACGAAGAGAUUCAUGUGCCUGCGCCGAAAGCCAAGCGAGACCCUAAUGAGAAAAAUCUGCCUACCACCGAACUGCCAGACUGGGCGCGUGUAGGGUUUGGGUCGUCGAAGGAACUAAACCGAAUCCAGACCAAAUGCUUCCCUACAGCAUUUCAUGACGAUGGCAAUAUGCUGAUUUGCGCGCCUACCGGAUCCGGAAAGACCAACGUUGCCAUGUUGGCGAUUCUUCGCGAGAUUGGCAAGCACCGCAAUCCUCAGACCGGCGAGAUCGCUCUUGAUGAUUUCAAAAUCAUCUUCAUCGCUCCCUUGAAGGCUUUGGUGCAAGAACAAGUGGGCAACUUUGGCAAGCGUCUGGAGCCGUAUGGUAUCCGCGUCGCCGAGCUUACUGGUGACCGGCAGCUCACAAAACAGCAAAUCGCUGAGACCCAGAUCAUUGUCACUACGCCCGAAAAGUACGAUGUCAUUACCCGCAAAGCCACAGAUACCAGCUAUAUCAACCUUGUGCGGCUGGUAUGCAUUGACGAAAUUCAUCUUCUACACGAUGAGCGUGGUCCUGUGGUGGAAAGUAUUGUCAGCAGGACUAUUCGCCGUACUGAACAGACUGGAGAGCCUGUUCGUCUCGUGGGUUUAAGUGCCACCCUUCCCAACUACAAAGAUGUUGCCAGUUUCCUUCGUGUUGACCCCGACAAGGGUUUAUUCCACUUCGAUGCUACUUACCGACCCUGCCCCCUGAAACAGGAGUUCAUUGGCGUGACAGACAAGAAGGCCAUCAAACAGUUGAAGACAAUGAACGACGUUUGCUACACCAAGGUCUUGGAACAAGUUGGUGAGCAUCGCAACCAGAUGCUGAUCUUUGUGCAUUCGCGCAAGGAAACGGCAAAGACAGGAAAGUACAUCCGUGACAAGGCUCUGGAGAUGGAAACUAUCGGACAAAUCUUACGCUCCGAUAAUGCGACUAGGGAAAUUUUGCGAUCCGAAUCCGAGAAUAUACAAAACGCCGAUCUCAAAGACCUCAUGCCUUAUGGGUUCGGUAUCCAUCACGCUGGUAUGUCUCGAGACGACAGGAAUACCGUGGAAGCUCUGUUCUCCGAUGGUGCGAUCCAGGUCUUGAUUUGCACAGCAACUCUUGCUUGGGGUGUCAAUCUUCCAGCUCACACCGUUAUCAUCAAGGGAACCCAAGUAUACUCUCCUGAAAAGGGUAGCUGGGUCGAACUCAGUCCGCAAGAUGUCUUGCAAAUGCUUGGUCGUGCCGGACGUCCGCAAUUCGACACUUACGGAGAGGGUAUUAUCAUCACGACACAGGCAGAGAUCCAAUAUUACCUCUCACUUCUCAAUCAGCAACUGCCAAUCGAAUCACAAUUCAUUAGCCGCCUCGCAGAUAAUCUGAACGCCGAAAUCGUCCUGGGUAAUGUGAGAACUCGCGAUGAAGGCGUUGACUGGCUUGGCUACACAUAUCUCUUCGUUCGAAUGCUACGAUCGCCAGCUCUUUACCGAGUUGGCCCGGAAUAUGAACACGAUACAGUACUCGAACAACGGCGAGUCGAUCUCAUCCACGCGGCAGCGCAUGUCUUGGAGAAGGGAAGUCUUGUCAAGUACGACAGAAAGUCCGGCGCACUUCAACCCACGGAGCUCGGUCGGAUUGCCUCCCAUUACUAUAUCACACACAACUCUAUGGCUACUUACAACACCCACAUCCAACCGGGAGUUAGCGCAAUCGAGCUGUUCCGCAUCUUUUCGCUCAGCGAGGAGUUCAAAUAUAUUCCAGUCCGACAAGACGAGAAAUUGGAACUCGCUAAACUUCUUGGAAAAGUACCUAUACCUGUCAAGGAAGGUGUCGAGGAGGCCCAGGCAAAGAUCAAUGUCCUGCUACAGGCCUACAUCUCACGGCUGAAGUUGGAAGGCCUCGCACUUAUGGCUGAUCUGGUCUAUGUUACCCAAUCUGCUGGACGUAUUCUUCGUGCCAUCUUUGAGAUUUGCUUGAAGAAGGGUUGGUCCCAGGUUGCGAAGCUUGCAUUGGAUCUCUGCAAGAUGGCUGAGAAACGCAUGUGGCCCACUAUGACACCUCUUCGCCAGUUCCCGGCAUGCCCCAGGGAUAUUGUCCAGAAAGCGGAGCGUAUCGGUGUCCCUUGGUCAAGCUACUUUGGCUUGGAUCCACCAAACAUGGGCGAGCUUCUCGGAAUGCCAAAAGCUGGUAGAACCGUCUGUAAUCUUAUCAACAAAUUCCCGCGCCUCGAAUUGGAAGCUACACCGCGCCCCAUCACCAGGUCCAUGUUACGCAUCGAACUUACGGUCCGACCAAAUUUCGAGUGGGAUGACCAGCUACACGGUGCUUCAGAGGCAUUCUGGAUUCUAGUGGAAGAUUGUGAUGGAGAGCAGAUCCUUUUCCACGAUCAGUUCAUCCUGCGCAAAGACUAUGCCGAGAGUGAGAUGAACGAGCAUCUUGUCGAGUUGACAGUACCAAUCGACGAGCCAAUGCCACCCAACUAUUUCAUUACGGUUCUUUCUGAUCGAUGGAUGAACUCGGAGACCAAGUUGGCUGUCUCAUUCCAGAAGCUCAUCCUCCCAGAGAAGUUUCCCGCGCAUACUCCGGUUCUCGAUCUGCAACCUCUGCCAAUUUCGGCCCUUAAAAAGAAGCAGUACAUGUCUCUCUAUGACGAUAUUAGCCGAUUUAACAAGGUGCAAACUCAAGUUUUCAACUCUUUGUACACCACUGACGAUAACGUUCUCGUCGGUGCAGCUGCUGGCAUUGGCAAGACUAUCUGCGCAGAGUUUGCUAUCCUGCGGCAGUGGUCAACUGUCGAGGGACGCAUAGUUUACCUUGCGCCCUUCCAGGAGCUUGUGGAUAACCAGUUCAAGAACUGGAGCCGCCGUUUAUCGGAAAUCGGCGGAGGGAAGGAUGUGGUCAAACUCACCGGCGAGACGGCAGCAGACUUGCGUCUACUUGAAAAGGGUGAUCUAAUCCUAGCUACUCCAGCCCAGUGGGACUCGCUUUCUCGCCAGUGGCAACGCCGUAAGAACGUCCAGUCAGUGACACUCUUGAUUGCCGAUAACUUGCACAUGAUUGGUGGCUCAUAUGGGUACAUCUACGAGAUUGUCGUUUCUCGGAUGCAGACCAUGGCCGCUCAAUUAGAGUCAAAACUACGCAUUGUCGGUCUCAGUGUGUCUCUCGCAAAUGCACGGGACGUUGGCGAGUGGAUAGGUGCCAGUAAACACACCAUCUUCAACUUCAGUCCCGGCGUUCGUGCAGUUCCGUUGGAAUUGAAGAUUCAGACUUUCACCAUACCCCAUUUCCCUUCGCUCAUGUUGGCGAUGGUUAAACCGACUUACAAGGCCAUUAUGCAAAUGUCUCCAGACAAGCCGGCGAUGGUGUUUGUUCCCAACCGCAAACAAGCUCGGUCGACUGCCAUCGACCUCUUUGCUGCUUGCGUAGCCGACGAAGAAAAAGACCGAUUUCUGAAUGCAUCGUUGGACGAGAUCCAGCCUAUUCUUGCAAAAAUCAACGAACGCGCUUUGGCUGAAUCGCUAUCUCACGGUAUCGGAUACUUUCACGAGGCCCUGAAUGCGUUUGAUAAGAAAGCUGUACAACAUCUCUUCAAUGUUGGCGCUAUUCAGGUUAUGGUUGUGUCACGAGACUCUUGCUGGGAGGUCGACAACAGCGCUCAUCUCGUCAUUGUCAUGAACACCCAAUUCUUUGAGGGUCGGGAGCACCGAUACAUCGAUUAUCCAAUCAGCGACCUACUUCAGAUGUUUGGUAAAGCGGGUAGAGUUGGGUUGGACAAGUCUGCCAAGGGAGUGCUCAUGGUGCCUGCCGUCAAACGCGACUAUUACAAGAAGUUCCUCAACGAGGCCCUACCGGUAGAGAGUUAUCUCCACGAUUAUCUACAUGAUGCUUUCGUGGCCGAGAUUAGCACCAAGACGAUUGAAUCCACGCAGGAAGCCGUCGACUGGUCAACGUACACCUACUUUUACCGACGCCUUCUUCACAAUCCAAGCUACUACAAUCUCCACGAUACCACACACGAGCGCAUCAGUGCCCACUUGUCAGAACUCGUCGAACAAACACUCAAGGAGUUGGUCGACGCCAAUCUGAUCGAACACGAUGAAGAGGAAGACGCCAUAACACCACUCAACUCGUGCAUGAUUGCAGCCUACUACAACAUAUCGUUCAUCACGAUGCAAACACUCAUGAUGUCGCUGAAUGGCAAGACCAGCCUGAAGGGCGUCCUCGAAAUCAUCACGGCAGCCACGGAAUUUGAAGAUAUCCAGAUCCGACGUCACGAAGAACACAUCCUUAGUCGUAUAUACGACCGGGUACCAUACAAGAUGCAGGAGCCCAACUUCGAGGCACCCCAUUUCAAAGCUUUCGUACUCCUCCAAGCCUACUUCUCGCGGAUGCAACUGCCCAUUGAUCUAGCCAAAGACCAGGAGGUCGUCGUACGCAAAGUCCUCAACAUCCUAAACGCCACCGUCGACGUGCUCUCCUCUGAAGCACACCUCAACGCUCUGAGCGCCAUGGAGCUCUCCCAGAUGGUAGUCCAAGCCAUGUGGCAAAAGGAUUCGCCCCUCAAACAGAUCCCUCACUUCGACGGCGACACCAUCAAAGCAGUGCAGGGCUUCGGCAUCAACGAUGUCGAUGACUUCAUCAACGCCAUGGAUGAGGACGAAAACCCCGACUACAAAGCCCUCAUGAAAGCCAUCGGCCUCGAGGGCCGCCAGCUCCAGGAAGUCGCCACCUUCACAAACGAGUACUACCCCAACCUGGAGCUCGAACACGAAGUCGUCGAUCCCGACGAUAUCGAGACUAACUCCCCAGCGCACAUUCGCGUCCGAAUCACGCGCAACCUCGAAGAAGACGAACAACCCAAAACCGACGUCCACGCACCUUUCUAUCCCGCAGACAAGACGGAGAGUUUCUGGCUCGUCGUCGGCGACCAGAAAGAAAAGAGCUUGCUGGGUAUCAAGAAAGUCACUGUUGGUCGCAAAGUGGAGAGUCUGCUGGAAUUCACGCUCGAGCAGCCUGGUGAGCAUGAGUUGACGCUUUUCUUGGUCAGUGACAGCUAUCUCGGUGUCGAUCAGGCGCCGACUUUCAGGGUCAAUGCUGCUGAGGGUAUGGAUGAAGAUGAGGAGGAAGACGACGACGACGAGUAAUCGCGUGGAACUAAAAAAAAAAAAUACCGGGUCGGGGCUUGCUUGAGUUGGGUUGUAGUUUUAAAGUUUUGUUUUUUUCUAUAUCUCUUUUCACUUUCAUCUCCUUCGGCGUUCGGCGGCCGGGGUGGUGAGCUUCAUAUCUAGUCUUUGCUGUAUACUAGUAAUCCGAUGCCUUUUAUAAUUUUAUUAUUCUUCUUUUAACCAGUGGAACUGUGUAUGUGUAUAUGUAUGCAUGUAUGUAUGUGUCUUCUAUAAUGCCACUAUAAUUACACAACCGCACAUACAUACAUGCAUGCAUACAUACAUAGUAAAAACAACAUCACUCGUUCUAUUAAAAAAAACCGCCCCUAGCUAUAAAAAACCCC